UUUCAUUUUCCCACUACACAAAUAUUUCAUUUCCCACCACACAAAACUCUCUCUCAUUUUCUCUGUAUCUCACACAGCCUCUCACAUUCACACACACACACACACAGCCCUGCGAGCCUCGACAAGUAAAGCCCAGCCUAGCGUUGAUGAGCCAAACCAAGCACAACUUAGCACCGCCGAUCCCAGCCCAACCCAAUGCUGAUGCCAAGCAAAACCCAACUCGUCAACUCCUCUCCUCCUCGAUCUCUCCACCAUCAACCUGUACCCAUCGGCCCUCUCUCCCUCACCACAAGAUCCUCUCUCCCCUCACCAACUCCUGCCAUAGCCACAAUUGCCGCCCUCUGCCACCCCCAUACCUAUUCCUUUUUCCUCAUCAUACCCAUACCCAUACCCAUUUUGAUUUUUGCUUGAAUCAGGGGCAGAAGGAUGCUAUAGAGAAGGGUCUAGUUAGCGUGGAAGAUGUUGAAAUGGCAACAUCUCAAGGAUGUUCCUCUGGUCCAACGAUCCCCAAUUCUCCAAAAAUCAUCAACCGCAUCCCAUCAACCAAGCAGCUUAUAAGUUUUAUCUUGGUGUUUGAGGAUUUUUUUUUGUGUACAAAGAACUAUGGAAGAACAACCACAUUUUUUGCAAAUGUUGAAUGAUAUUUUAAAACACUUUGGAACUUUGAUUAUAGUAUUAGUUUAAUUUGAGCGGUUGUUUUAUUCAAAGAACCACAUCUUUUUUG